AUGGACAAAGAUGAAAAUGUCGAAGAAUUGGAUACACCUGGCUACUUUCCAUUUCCCUUCCCGCCUUAUGAUAUUCAAGAAAAUUUUAUGAAGAAGCUGUACACGACUGUUGAAGCAGAGAAAGUUGGAAUCUUUGAAAGCCCGACUGGCACGGGAAAGUCUCUAAGUCUGAUUUGCGGUAUUCUUACUUGGCUACGAGAUCAUGAUUUCAAAUUGCAAAAAGAAGCAGAGGAAAUCAUGGGAACAGGGAAAAUAACUGAGACAGUUGACAAGUCUAAAGCACCAAAUAAUGAGCCAAGCUGGGUUAAUGAAUAUGAAGAAAAGCAGGCAAAGAGGCAGCUUGCUGAGAAAAUUGAUAGACAGAAGGCAAAAUUAGAGAAAAACCAAGCUAAGCUAGAGAAGCUGAAAAAAGAAAGGGAAGUAGCAGCAGCUGCAAGAAAUAAGCGUAAACGUGAAGACAGCGUAGCAGAGGACGCUAAAGAAGGAAAAUCAAACAACAAGGAAGUUGUUGAAGAUGAAACGGAAGAUGAUGACGAUGAACUUGUCCUUAGCGAUUACAAUAGUGAUGGGGACGAAAAAGACCCGGAUAAGUCCAGUUCUGAAAAUGAAACUGACAGUGAAUCAGAAGAAGACUGCGCUUCCGUGAAGAUUUUUUACUGUAGCCGAACACAUUCCCAACUGGCGCAAUUCGUUAAUGAAGUGAAAAAGAGCCCAUUUGGAAAGGAAGUGAAGGUCGUUUCGUUGGGAUCUAGACAGAAUCUUUGCAUCAACGAACAAGUACAGAACUUGCGAAGUAACCACAGAAUAAACGAAAGGUGUUUGGAGUUACAGCGACUGAAAAAUGAUAAAAAGGCCAACAAGGAAAGAAAAAAACGUAGGAAGCUCAUUGGAAACGGAUGUAAAUAUUACCAAAAAAAGAAAAUGAAAGACUUUGUUGAUAACGUUUUUGUCGACGUGCAUGAUAUCGAACAACUCGUUCAGCUGGGCCAAGACCUUGCCACCUGUCCCUACUAUGGAACAAGACACUCAGUUCCACAAGCUCAGCUUGUCGUUCUCCCCUACAACACAUUGCUGCACAAAGCAACGCGAGAUGCAAUCGGAAUCAAGCUGAAAAACAGCGUUGUAAUUGUGGACGAAGCUCAUAAUCUGAUUGACACUAUAAACAGCUUGCACAGCAUCGAAGUAUCGGGUUUACAUAUAUCGACGUCACGCGAUCAACUUAGCCAGUAUCUCACUCGCUAUAGAUCGCGACUAAAGUCGAGAAAUUUGCUGCACAUAAACCAAUUGCUUUUGAUUAUGGAUCUUUUAAUGAAAUUCCUCGGAGUUGCUGCAGGGUCAAAGUCACAUUACCCAGAAAACGGAAAGAAGGGUGAACAAAAGGAAGCAAGUUUAUAUACAAUCAACGAUUUUGUGUUUUCAACGAAUAUUGAUAACCUGAAUCUGUUUAAGAUACGAAGAUACUGUGAAAAAAGUUUGAUAUCAAAAAAGCUGAACGGAUUUGUGGACAAAUACUCCACCUCAGUAGGCUGUAUGGAAAAUGAACUCGAGGCAACACGAACAUCUCAGUUUUAUCAUAUCGAGGCUUUCUUAGAUGCCUUGACCAACGCGAAUAAAGAUGGUCGAAUUCUCGUCGUUAGAAAUGAGCUGUUAAGUCAGAGCAAGCUGAAAUUUUUGCUUCUCAAUCCGGCCGUUCAUUUUGCGGACAUUACCAAAGAAGCAAGGGCUGUUAUAAUUGCUGGAGGAACAAUGCAACCGGUAUCAGAGUUCAAGGAAGUUCUGCUGCAUUCAGCUGGUGUGCCUUUAGAAAGGAUAACUGAGUUCUCUUGUGGCCAUGUCAUUCCUCCUGAAAAUCUUGUUGCCAUAGCGUUGAGCAAAGGACCUUCUUCACUGGAUCUCGAUUUCACGUAUCAAAGUCGAGACCAGAACAAUAUGAUCGAAGAACUUGGACGUUUGUUAGUAAACAUAUGUGCUGUAGUUCCUGCUGGCAUUGUCUGCUUCUUCCCGUCAUACGACUAUGAGGAAAGAGUGCACGCUAAAUGGCUUGAAAAGGGGAUCUUGCAGCGGAUAGAGUCUCGUAAAAAGGUUUUUAGAGAGCCAAGGAAAUCGGGAAGAGUUGAUCAAGUGCUAGGAAACUAUGCUGAAUUCAUAAAAAGAACAAAGCAUGUUCGUUCACCAACUGGAAAGCCACAACAAAAUGGAGCGUUACUAUUGAGUGUUGUCGGGGGAAAAAUGAGUGAGGGCAUCAACUUUUCUGAUGAUCUAGGACGGUGCAUUCUCAUGGUUGGUCUUCCUUACCCAAACAGGACAUCACCCGAGCUGAACGAGAAAAUGGCUUAUCUUGAUAAAUGUGUUGGGCCCAAGGCUGGCCAAGAACACUACGAAAAUAUAUGCAUGAAAGCAGUUAACCAGUCAAUCGGCCGGGCAAUUCGUCACAGAAGCGAUUUUGCGUGUAUAGUUUUACUGGAUCAAAGAUACUCAAGGAGUCACGUGCAGGCGAAGCUACCAUCUUGGAUACGCUCUCGCUUACAAACACAUCCUCGUUUUGGGCCAGCCUUUGCUGCUGUUAAUAAGUUCUUCGUCGACAAGAGAGAAAAUCCUUAGUUUGCAGAGAACUUUUGCGUUGAAAUUUUAAAUCGAAUUUCUGUUUGCCAUGUUGAUUUAGUUGCUAUGCCAGAAGUUAUUCGCAUAUAAGAAUUUUGGUAUCGAGUUAAUUAUUCAAAAUUCAUGAUUAAGUGGUCAAUAAAUCUCA